CCUUUAUGAUCCUUUCGCUCUCUCUUUACUUCACAAAAACAAUACACCGUCACUUUGCUCCUAAUUGAACAGUCCACAGUAAAACACUUGAUUCCCCUUUGGCAAGUGCCAUUCUCUUGAUUGCCUUGCACUUCUAUUCCAAGAGAGCGAUUCGAAUCCUCUUCAUCUUUAUCUUCAUUUCUAGUCAUCUCGGCUCAGUUUCUUCCUCGUCUACUUUUACUACAUAAUCAGAAUCGUGUCUUAUUUUGUGUAGUUCGUCUUUCUAUCUAUUUGUCUAUCUAUUUGUCUGUCUGUCUAUCUGUCUAUCUGCAUAUCUGCCUAUCUUAUUGAUUGUCUAUCUUAUUUUUUUAUUUUUUUAUUUUUUUUUACUGGUUGCUCUUAUUGCACAUUCUCUUUUAUAAUACUCUUCCCUUUCAUUCAUUUGUUUCCCUUCAUUCACACUGGCAUCAGUCCUACAUUGUCAUUUGCAGUAGCGCAUCCUGUACGAGAGUCACCGGAACGAUCCACUUGCUUCAUUUGUCAUGGUACCUGUGGAUGAAGUGUUUGAUUCGAAAAAACAACCAGAACAUCCGCUCUCUGGGCACCUGCCAGAGAGAGACCGGCGACUAUCGAUACGCAGUCGCUCAGCUAGUCCAUCUGCUUAUGUGUUUGCCCCAAGCUGGAUACUCUCUCCAACCGAGAAACCCGGUCUGAGGACAACUUCACUUGCAUUCUCUUCCUUUGGAAAACGAACCCAUAGAGAAAGCGAUUUAAAGGAUAGAUUUCCAAGAGACCCUACUAACAAGUCUCUUCUUGCAUCUGAAAGAACUGCAGUCAAAACUGACGAUAAUAACCCUCUCUCACCACGUCCAUCUGCAUCAUCACCUUCACCCAGAAGACUACCUUACCCUUCUCAGCACGCGCCAGACAGCAGUGCUCUUCAUACUGACGUUAGAAGACCCGCCAAGGCGCUGCGAAAUAAUAGUUGUACAGACCUCACUAAAUUACCACCAUCCGACACAAUGGAAGAGUUUCCUACUCUUGCAAACAAUGCACCAGACCUAACCAAACACCCAACUAGUUCUCCUUGGGGAAAGCCGCAUUUGAUCAAAGAGGUGUUUGCUCAACCUGCCCAACAAGAAGAUAAUGUGACAAACCAAUCUUGUGAUCCUGAGCUUGCGCGCUUGAAAGCCUUAGUUCCUAAGCGUAUAUCAUCAACAGCAAUCAAAAAACACACCCCGGCCGGUUCAUCUCAUUCCAAUAGACCUCGGAGUACUACAGGAAAAACUCUUCCCACCCGACUCUCUAGUCUCUCUGUUCGACAGUUCCCUAAAAGGACGACUGAGUCUCCAACGACCCCUGAUGAGAAGAGAUCUGGUGAAGAGAAUACUGACACUUCUGGAUUAAAAGAUUAUGCUCCUGAAAUAGAGACACCCACGAUUACAGAUGAAGACAAGGAACGUUUCUUGAACUUGGUACGUGUGUGGACAGGCGGGGCAGUCCGAUGGGAAAACAACUGUGGGGUACUCCCUAGAUCACCCAGUCCUACCAUGAAUGCCAAACCACUCUUGCCAGUGGGAAGCGAUCGUUUGUUUGAUAGAAGAAGUAGUUACUCUGGCAUCAGUCCUUUUGAAAUGGGUCCCUUGAAGAUCCACAGCCAGGAACCUUGCUCUGAAACAGACUGCUCCAUUUACGGCAGCAUGGAUAAUGGGCUACUCAACCCGACAUCUCUUUACUCUGUCAAGGAUACUGACAUGAAUGGAGUAAGAGAUCGUUGGAUGUUUGCAAAGGCGCCAUCUUCCUCUCUCUACUAUGUCAUGUGAAUAGAUGCAUUCUCUGCGUCCCCCCCAUCUCUUUCUUUCUCUUUCUCUUUAUAUUUUAUAUAUUUUAUCUAUGAUAAUUUUCCGCUUAUUUCUUUUCUUUCAUUCUUUCUAUUUUUUUAUCUCUUCACAUAUUCUUUACUUUUACUUUUACUUUACGCUAUUUUAUUUAUAAAUAUUUUCCUUUAUUAUAUCAUAUACAUAUUUUAUAUAUAUAUAUAUAGUAUUAAUAAACACCCACAUACAUUCAUUCAC